CCUGACAUAUGACACACCUCGACUAUAUAAUGAAUGGUCUAGCUAACCCCCUCAGUAUUAAAUGGUUGAUAUUACACCAGGGCGGAAGGUGACAUAAUGCAACAGAACAUGGCUUACCGUCCUGAUAUUCCCUCAGUUUCAGGUACGUCCACGAAAAUUACAGACAUUAGCACAGUGUUCAAGGAGUGGGCAUGGACGACCUAUCUCAAGACACCCAGACAACCUGUACUUUCCAGAAAGUUGAAGCUUACAGAAGCUGAUAUCGAGUUGAAAUGGCAUAGAGUGAAGAUCACGUCCCUAACGCCAAAGUACACGAAAGUUGAGGCGACUCCCACUAAAGUACACGUUCUCUACGACUCCAAAUACAAUAACAGUACCAAGGAUGACCAAGAACAGACAUUCAGGGCUGAGAAGGAGACAGUUUCCACAGCAACCACCAAACUAACCAAAGGUUUUUCAAGGGAUAUAAAUGUCGGCAUCGAACUUACCCUUCCUCCAGAUCUUGACCAACCUUCCAAAGCAGAGGCCAGCUUUGGACAUCGACUGAAUGUGGAUAACGAGGAACAGAACACUGUUGAAAGUAAGGUCAAGUGGUCUGUGGACACCAAAAUCACCUCUAGACGUAAUGUCGUCACUGUAGCUGAACUGGCAAUAGAGGAGAAAAGCUGCCAGUAUGAGUUCUCAAUGGACGUGAAACUUAAAGGGACGGUCCUUGCAGUCAUACGGGACGCCCGUGGUGAGAGGAGACACGUCAUGACUGUCCAGGGGGACGUGGCUACCGUUCUGAGGGACAUUAAAGACAAAGACAGAUUUGGUAAACUUUUCAGUGUAGAUAUCAACAAAUCUCGAACCGUUACCUGGCCCGUGUCCGGCUCUCUCCACCUUAAAUACGGAGUGUCACAGACUGUCAAGAUAUAUCAACUAUAACCUUCGAAAAAUGAGGGUUAGAAUUUUGGCAGGAACAUUUGUUCCAACUGCAGAUAUUCGGUUUUGAUUCUCCAGAUGGGAGUUAUUCAUGAAGAAUAUUUGUCGUUUCUGGAACGAGUUGUUACUGGACUGCUGCCAAUGGCAACCCAUUCCUAAGUACCGAUGUCAAGCUUCGAAACUCACUGUCAGUAACAGCAGACAUAUUGAUAAUCAAUUUCAUUUUGUACAAGUCCUUGGACCAACGUACAGACAUGGUUGAAGUGUUGUGCAUUACUCCAGAUACAUUUUAUCUGUACCAAGAGCAUGACAUCUAUGAGACUGUCCGUGAAUGAACUUACUGUGAAACCAACAAAAAUAGACAUAUGUUGUAAUUAACGAUUAAAUGUUUUGUGAUUGAUUCCAUUAUACCCACCAGUGUAAAAUAGUCAAUCUUCUUAAACAGGACAGAGCUUCGCGUGUGAAACUUCAUGUGUCAAACACUGGAAAACGUUCCGAUUAUAAUGUUCUGUGUUUCCGUAUAGAUUCUCAUCGUGCAUUUGAGAAACACAAAUAGAGACGGUGUACGGAUUAACACCGAUUUAUUACAGAGAUGAAUAUGUGAGUAUGACUGUGUGGUUAACUUGUAUUGUCAACAGUUUUGUAAUGGUAACGAUAUCAGAACUGAUUUACAAUUAAUGUCAUUAUAAUACAAUACUGAUGAAUACCAUUCCAGUGUUAAUUUGCCCCAACCGUACGUAAACCAGAAGACUGUCCAUCCCUAGCUGUCAUUACAUGUAUCCAUCUAACAAAUUUUAUUCAACUUCAAGCAGAAGAAAAAUAAUGUAUGCAAAAUGUUUAUAUACAUUUCCAAUGUAACAUCGAUGUUUUAUUCAUACAGUAUAACAUGUCAUAUAUCUUUAGCUUCGGUUAGUGGAAUUAACCAUGUUGCCUUUCUUGUCGAAUAAACCUCUUCAUCAUCUACAUCUUCUUCUGUUGUUUACGAUGUCCUGGGAAGCUGUAUAACCUAAAUUCAGUAACGUUAUCAAGCCGUGAAUAUCUGUGUUAGAAUUUAUGCUGUAC